AAUUCUGAGGGGAAGUCACUGAAGUGGCGGUGGAGCUGAGGAAGCUGCCGACACCAAUGUACCAGAGGACUGGAGGAGUUGCAUUUACGAGGAGGGGUUUCACAGCUGAACCUGGGAAUAAUAGUUGGGUGGCCCAAUACCUGCCUUUACCUGUGAGUUCUUCCGACUGCACAUUCUCCGGGAACCAAUCAGUGGAUUUUUAUCGCCUGGAGAUGAAUUAGAAACCUGAAUAUGGUGCUGAAGGAACCUGGCACAUCUCUCUGACCACGGUCCAAACCAGAAUCAGUGAUCCACCGUGCUAUCUUUCUGUUUUAAAGAGAGGAGCACAUCCCCACUGCCACUCAUCUGGCAGAAACUCUGUGUUGUAAGAUCAUGGACCACACCAAUAGGGAAAAGGAUGAAAGGCAGCGGACAACUAAGCCCAUGCCAGGGAGGAGUGGGCAUUCCUCAAGGCCCUCUAGUUCCACGACCUCCUCUGGGGUUCUUAUGGUGGGACCCAACUUCAGGGUUGGAAAGAAGAUAGGUUGUGGGAACUUUGGAGAGCUCCGAUUAGGCAAGAAUCUCUACACCAAUGAAUAUGUAGCAAUCAAACUGGAACCAAUAAAAUCACGUGCCCCACAGCUUCAUUUAGAAUACCGGUUUUAUAAGCAGCUCGGCAAUGCAGCUGAAGGCCUCCCCCAGGUGUAUUACUUUGGACCAUGUGGGAAAUACAACGCCAUGGUACUGGAACUUCUUGGCCCUAGCUUGGAGGACUUGUUUGACCUCUGUGACCGAACAUUCACUUUGAAGACUGUGUUAAUGAUAGCCAUCCAGUUGAUUUCUCGAAUGGAGUAUGUGCAUUCAAAGAACCUCAUUUAUCGAGAUGUCAAGCCAGAGAACUUCCUGAUUGGCCGACAAGGCAAUAAGAAAGAGCAUGUUAUACACAUUAUAGACUUUGGACUGGCCAAGGAAUACAUUGACCCAGAAACCAAAAAACACAUACCGUAUCGGGAACACAAGAGCUUAACUGGAACAGCAAGAUAUAUGUCUAUCAACACCCAUCUUGGCAAAGAGCAAAGCCGGCGGGAUGAUUUGGAAGCCCUGGGCCAUAUGUUCAUGUAUUUCCUUCGAGGCAGCCUACCCUGGCAAGGGCUCAAGGCGGACACAUUAAAAGAGAGGUAUCAGAAGAUUGGUGAUACAAAAAGGAAUACUCCAAUCGAAGCUCUCUGUGAGAACUUUCCUGAGGAGAUGGCCACGUAUCUUCGUUACGUCAGACGAUUAGACUUCUUCGAAAAACCCGACUACGAUUACUUGCGGACACUGUUCACGGAGCUCUUUGAAAGGAAAGGCUACACCUUUGACUAUGCCUAUGACUGGGUUGGCAGGCCAAUUCCUACGCCAGUGGGGUCGGUUAAUGUAGAUUCUGGUACAUCUGCAAUAACAAGAGACAGCCAUGCCCACAGGGAGCGUCCGUCACAGCAGCAGCCUCUUCGAAACCAGACCACGUCAUCCGAUCGCCGAGGAGAGUGGGAAAUCCAGCCCAGCCGGCAGACCAAUACCUCGUACCUGACGUCUCACUUGGCUGCAGACCGGCAUGGGGGAUCAGUACAGGUGGUGAGUUCAACCAACGGAGAGCUGAAUGUCGACGACCCAACGGGGGCACACUCCAAUGCACCGAUCACAGCGCAGGCCGAGGUGGAGGUAGUGGAGGAAGCUAACUGCCUGAAAAUGCUCAACUUGUGGUGCUGCUGUUUCUUUAAGAGAAAAAGGAAGAAGACCACCCAGCGCCACAAGUGACCAGUGCCUCCCAGGAGUCCCCCGGGGACUCCGCGAUUCUGACUGCACCCGCAGCUCCUGCCAUUUCUCAUUGGAAGGGACGUCUCUUUGGGAGGAGGGAGGAGGAGGAGGAGGAAGAAGAGGAGGAGGAGGAGGAGGAGGAGAGUGGAGAUCAGAAACCAAAAAGAGAAGAGAACAGAUGCCCGGAAGGAAGCCGGCACGGGGUCGGCCAGCGCUGAAUGGCUUCGAUGCUUAAUUCCAAGCCCGGGGCCUCUCUCGGGAUCCGGAGUCCGAGGGGUUCCCGCGUCCACGGGGCACGGCGGCUUCUUGCACUUGGGGCUGGCUGCCUGGCUGACUCUCCUUCCCAUUGUUUACAGUGAAGGUGUCAUUCACAAAAACUUACGAACUUCAAUCCUCUGUCCUCUCCUCCUCCAUUUACUCCCGCCCUCCCACCCCACCCCGGUCCCCGCCUCCUCCCCCUCCAAUGAAAAGACUGAGAAGUGAAGGCUUGAUUGGCUAACUGUCGAGCGCGAGGCCCUUUUCCAGGCAAGUUAUACAGCUGAAAAAGCGGGCGAGAGGUGAGCCCCGAGCCGGAGAAGGACUCCCUCCCCGCCUCCCACUCCCGCCUCUCAACGCAGAGUUCUUUUCCCGUGUCCGUCUCCGCUGCCGUGGCUCCACGGCCCGGCCCCCCCUCGGGCCCGGGCUCUUCCCCACUCCCCCCUCCCUCCUUGUGAAGUUACACUGUAGCACACAAGCUGUGAGAAAUUUGCAAUCUACUGUUCCCGCCUCUUUGGUGUUCUUGGCUUUCUUGGCAAGCUCUGGUCUCCGAACAGUUAGUUAGUAGGGCAGUGCAGAUUGUUUGGGGAAAGGAAAAACAAAACAAAACAAAACUGA